AUGCCUCGGGGCCAGAAGAGUAAGCUUCGUGCCCGUGAGAAACGCCGCCAGGCCCGAGGUGAGCCCCAGGGCCUUGGGGGUACUCAAGCCACUGCAGCAAAUGUUGAAGAGUCCCCCAACUCUCCUGUUUCUGGGGAUACUCCCCUGAGUUACCCUGCUGCUGGCGCUUCCCAGGAGCCUCAGGGAUCCCCAGCCACUAGCUCUCCUGCUGCAGGUGUUUCACGCCCGAGAUCUAAUGUAGGUGCCAAGAGCCAAGUUCGGAAAAAUAAAAAUUCCUCUCAGGCCUCAACUUCCCCUGAGAGUGCUCGCAACGAUCUUCUAACCAGGAAGGUGGGGAUGUUGAUGCAGUUCCUGCUAGAAAAGCAUAAAAUGAGGGCACCCAUUUUGAAGGCAGACAUGCUGAAGGUCAUCAACAAAAGGUACAGGGAGGACUUUCCUGAGAUCCUCAGGAAAGCCUCCGAGCGCAUGGAGCUGGUCUUUGGCCUAGAAUUAAAGGAAGUCAAGCCAGGCGGUCACUCCUAUACCCUCGUCAGCAGCCUAGACCUCACCAGUGAUGGCAGUGUGAGCAGCGCCGGGGGUUUUCCUAAGAAUGGGCUUCUCAUGCCUCUCCUCGGUGUGAUCUUCUUGAGUGGCAACCGCGCCUCUGAGGAAGAUAUCUGGGAAUUCCUGAAUGUUUUGGGUAUCUAUGAUGGAAGGAGGCAUUUCGUCUUUGGGGAGCCCAGGAAGCUCAUCACCCAAGAUUUGGUGCAGGAAAAGUACCUGGAAUACCGCCAGGUGGCCAACAGUGAUCCUCCACGCUACGAGUUCCUGUGGGGCCCCAGGGCCCAUGCUGAGACCAGCAAGAUGAAAGUCCUAGAGUUUGUGGCCAAGAUCCAUGAUACCGUCCCCAGUGCCUUCCCGUUGCAUUAUGAAGAGGCUCUGCGAGAUGAGGAAGAGCGAGCCCAAGCCCGAGCCGCAGCUGGGGCUGCCUCUACUACCAAGGCCGGUGCACGUUCCCGGGCCAAGUCCAGCCACUCCUCUCGUCCCUAGACAGGGCUGAGGCAGAUUCUUUGCUUUGUUGUUGAGGAGGGCUGCCAACUUUGAAGUAGUGAGAGGCUAAGGUGGGGUUGGCGAGGCCAUAAUAUUUAUCUUCUUUGUUUUCCUGUUAUACAUGUGUAGCUUACAAAUGUAGUUCCUUUCAAUAGAAUGUUUAUUUAGAUUCAGAAUCCAAGUCUAUAAAUGACCUGGAUCACACAUUGCUGUCAGAUUAGAUUUAAGAGUAAGAGUAGUUUUGGUGUUGUGUAAUAAAGCCUGAAAAUCCUUGCAUCUUCUUUGGGUUCCAGAACAACAUAAUAUGGCUUUAGAAUGGGGAUUUUUCUUGGAAAUAUGAAAGAACUAGCAAAAAUAUAGCUGUGGUUUUAAAAUAGAAACGAAGUAAAAUGU